AGUAUCAACCACGGAUUGAUCCAUCGAAGGCAUACCAAUUACAGGAGCAACAACCACAGAUGUAUUCAUCGCAGGCGUACCAACUACAGCAGUAUCAACCACAGAUUUAUCCAUCGCAGGCAUACCAAUUACAGGAGCAACAACCACAGAUUUAUCCAUCGAAGGUGCAUCAACCAAAGGCGCAUCACUCGCAGAUAAAUCAACGGCAGACACAAACGAUCAACAAUGAGUUGGAAAUCGACAAAAUUCACACUUAUUUCGCUUGGUCUAUUGUGAAUGUACUCUUUUUUGGAAUAUUUCUUGGCCUCAUUGCUUGCUUCUUCUCACAAAAUGUGCGCCAAUAUAAAAUAGCUGGAAACAUGGAAAAGGCCAAAAAACGGAGUAAGGUGACUCUCUGGUGGAAUAUUUUUACCACACUCAUUGGCAUAUGGGUUAUUGGCUCUGUCGUUUUCCAUGUAAAGUGCACAACAUCAUCUUAUAGAACAGUAUGGAUUGGAUGAUGGUAUGAAAUGAAAAACCUGCGAAGUCAAUGUUCGAAUAUAGCGCCGACCAGAAGUGAGAUAGAAGAGGUGUGAAAAAUACUCACAAAUAAUGAUAUGCAGUAGGUAAUGAUCGUAUUGUAGGAUAAAAGGUACUAUUGAACGAUCACUACACUGAGUCGAAAGUUGCGACAAAUCUUGGUGUAGAUACUUAGGAUACUUUUCGGAAAGCAACACAUUGAAACAACUGAUUUUUUUUGAAUCAUUUCAACGAGACAGAUAUUUUAUUUAAAAAAACGCAACGUCAGUUUUCUUUUUUCUUUUCAGGUAUUGCUCCUUUUGUCAAAACCUGCUGACACUUACAUGGAAACGUUCGCAGGUACCAUACAUCAUUUUCAAUAGGAUGUAUAUCACUUUCUAAACCUGAAUGUGGGUAGAGGAAGCCUAAAGGCGUAUGUCUCCAUACCUAACGAUUCUCGAGUUAAGAUCUUUUUUUGACUUGCGAUCCCAUGGGAACGCAUACAUAAACAAAUCGCAUUCAUGAAGAUUGAACCUGAAAUUUCGCCCGCAGCUAUGCUUGUUGCUUAUUACAAUAUUCAGAAAGUUUCAACCAAAAGUAUAUUCUUUGCUUCGGACAUCAAAUAUUGAAAUUGAUCAUGUGCUACAUAGAAAACCAAGUGGUUUCAUUGUUCAAUAGCGCGAGAAAAAAAUAUUCGUUUCAGAUGAAAUUUUCAAAACUUUUUAAUACUCAUGAAACCUAUCUACAGGUAAAAUUUCAAGUUGAAAUUGAAUCAUGUGGCUUUUUCAUACAUUCUUUGACAUAAAGUCAAAAUGAAAUAAAGCUGUCAUUUCGCCAGAAUGGCUAGGCAUGUGAACGUACGCUUUUAGGCUUGUUCUAGUCUCUUCGUGCUCCACAUACUGAUAUAAACUCUAUUGAAAACUGCUCGUUACACCCAUUUGAGAAGUAACAACCAGGCUGUUUUUCGAUAGAAUGUGCAUUUCGAUUCGACCGUGACAAUGUUUUGUUGAUUCCGCUGCUCAAGUGGCUCAAAUAUUGUCUUUCUGUUUUCAAUGAAAAGGAUUGAAGAUCUUAGCAUCAAUGAGAGAAGACAAGUCUGUUGGUUGACUGAAAUGAACUCUCUAUCAAUCAUAUGUGCAUGUAAUCAUGUGUGAGCAUAGUCGCUGUCAAAAUGAGCAAGAAUGACAAAACACAACAGGAAUACAACAGUGACAAACGAAGAGUAACAUCAUUUUCGAACUGAUCCUACAUUAAUCAUAUUUUAUAAUAGGAUUUCAUUGUUGAGUAUCUUUUAUUUAAAAAAAAAUUAACAUACAUAAUUAAAAACCCUUCGUCUAACAAUUAACAUAAUUCUAUUGUCAAAAGUUAGUAUUCAAUAAACUAUAUAUAUUCUACUCAGAUCAUGCAUAAUCAUUUUGAUGACAUUAAAAUUUCGGCGUUACAUUACAGGUUCAAGAUCAAUUUUAACAAUGUUGGUAGCUGCCAAUUAUAAAAAAGAAAAAGUGUUUUUCGCAAUACUUUUCUCAAUAUCUUAAAUUUGUAAAAAAAUUCGAAUAGUAAGUAAAUAAACUUUCUUCAUGAUAUAAAACAAGAUUAGAUCCCUGUUGUAAGCAGUGAAUAUUAAAAAACUGAUUUUAAAAAGAUGAUCUGCUUGUUAAUAUGAAAACCAUUGUUAAAAGAACCGAGUUUUAGGAAGCAGAAUUAUAGUUAUUUUAAUAGAAAAAAUAGUUUAUUAUUCAAUUGUUUGAGACUCUCAAAAGAUUCCUUGCAUCGAUCAGCAUCUUCCUAAAUCAUUAUCACGUUAAAAUAGAUGACAGGCAACGAUGAAUAGUUAGAUGAAAGAAUUUUCUGUAAGAUUUGAAAUGUUUUCUCAUAUGACUGAAAAUGCUUUGGAUUUAUCUGAUUAUAAAAUAUGCAAUCGACCAAUGUUCUUGUACCUAUAGUUGUCAGAUACGAACAACAAAAUUGAAAAUAUUCAUCAAAAAACUCUAAUGCACCCUCAUAUAAUUCAUUUUUCUAAAUCAUGAAAAAUGCUUACGAUAAUCAUUCAUCGAAACUAAUUACAACUAUCGUCGAAUUUUAUUAUUUGACAGUACAUGAGCUAAAAACAUUGAUUACGUCACGAAAAGUGAACAAACUAGAAAAAUAGUGUGUGCAAAUUUGAACAAAGAAAAUUAUUUGUUAAAAUUAGAAAUUCAUGUAUACAGAUGUCUCAGCAAAGAGUAAUAAGUUGCAUAUAAGUACAAACACACUUCUAUAUAUUGAUUAGUCAUCUAUUUACAAUUCUCGUUGUGCACAGAAAGAAGCUUAUGAAAUUCGUGAUCAAUUCAAGUUGAAUACGAUUUUUUCUCUACCACCAUCUCUUCUUCUUGCUUUCUUUCAUAGUUUUAUGCGCUAAAAGCAUUUUGAGAUUUUUUGUUUUUAUUAUUUGUUUCUUUUUUUUGCAACAUACCAUAUUUCCUCUAUUGAAAAGAAAAAUAUUAGACUCGAUAGUAAAAUAAGGGAGAAACAAAAGAACCGUACAAUCGCUCAAAAAGAACGAUGCAUACAUCUUUCACUCAACAAAAGAAAAGAAACGAAAUCUUGCUCAAGCGAAACAAUAGCUCAUGAAUCAAACUUGUCGUAUUAUGGCUAAUGAUUUCAACUUGCCACUUAUGUGUAGACUUCAACAUUUCACAAUUACUGGAUGAAUUACACUAUUAUUCAGCGAUGGCAUUAGAAAAAGGAACGAGAAAGAGAAAAACUCGAUAUGAAUAAAAGCCUGUCAUAUUCACUCCUCCUCUCACCAUACUUUUCUUUUACUCAGGUAAGAAAGACAAACAAUAAAAAAAAACAUGAGAGGAGUGUUAUGUAUGUAGGCGAUUUUAUAUAAGCUUGCCUUCAUUCAAAUAAGACAGAACUGAGUGCUAUUGAUAGCUCCUUCACAGCUAUAUAAUUUAAUCUUUUGCGUUCUCUAAACAUCAAGUGUUAUCGUUCUUGGUUCUCUUGCUCAUUUGCACUUAUUCAUACUUCUUCGACAUUUGUCUACAAUCUAUAAGCAGUAGGUUUCAUCUUUUUAAUUUUUCAAACAAAAGUAAUCUCCGAAUAAUAUGCUUGUUGUUCUAUAUUCUAGUGGCGUGUGUUCGUUUACAAGCCCAAACAACUCCUGAAGAAAUUCUUUCCAAUCCUUGGCAUGAUAGAGGUUUCUAUGAUCCCGAUCAAUAUCAAGCAGCACUUCUUCGUUGCCAAAAUGGUAAUGAAUCAUGUGAUUUGUUCAUCAAAGCAUUCGAACAACGUGCAAGUAUCGAGCGUGAUUACAUUGCAGCUAUUCAUAACUGGUCCAAAAUCUGGCAAAGGGAAAUAAAUGAUUCGCAAGAAUUUGGUACAAAUAAAAAGACAUGGUUAGCUACAAUUCAAGCCGGUGAGCAAGCUGCAUACACACAUACGGAUAUUGUUGAGCGUAUUCAACAUGAUAUUAUUGACCAAAUGAUUACUUUCAAGAAACAAAAUUAUGCAAAAUCGAUUAUUCACAUAAAAAAAAUUAAAGAAUUUGAAAAAGAAUUCGAAAAUCUUCAAAAACCAUGGCUAAAACUCUUGUCCAGAAUUAAUGAUGCAAAAGAGUCCUAUCAUGAAAAACGUCGAAAACUAAAGAGAGCUGAACAAGCGAAGAAAAUCAUUGACUCAAAUACGGGUGCAUCUGAAGAAGAAAAGACAGAGGCUCAAAUGAGUGUCACUGCUUACGCUAGAGAAUCGACAACUCUUCGAAUUAAAUACGAACAACUAAUUAAUGAAAUGAAGGAUUUGCGACCAAAUUAUGAAAAUGGUAUGAAACGAGUACUAGAUCGUACACAUGCGUUCGAAAGAGAACGUCUUAACAAAUUCAAACAACUUUUCAAUGCCUUUUACAAUGCCAUCAAUAUUCAAAACGAUCAUCAUUUCAUUGAAAUGUCGACUGCAUUUCAAAGUGCAAUAGCAGCACACGAUAUUGAAGCAGAUAUUCAAUGGUGGAACAAACAUUAUGGAAGUGAUACGAACACAUCGUGGCCGGAGUUCGAAGAUCUAUCCGAUAAGUCGACAUAA